GUGCAUGCGGUUUCCAACUCCGCCAACUCUGCGACGAAAAUGCGGCACGCGCUGAUGGAGAUGCUGCUUGGUAGAGCGCGGCCUGCGGCACUGCGCCGCGGUGGUUGCGGCGGCGGCGAUGGUGGUGGUGGAGGGCCUGGCCCCACCAGCAGCAGCAGCGGCAGCAGCAGCAGCAGCAGCGGCACAGGGCCUGGCGGCAGCGGCCCUGGGCCCAGCAGUUGCGGCGUGCAUGUGCGUAGGGGAGGGGGCGAGCAAGGCCAAGUGGAGGAGGAGAGCGCGGCGCCGCCCAUGAAGCGGCGUCGGCGCGCAGGUUGAAGCCGGCCGGUGUCUAGUUAGGGUCUUUGCUGGCGAGCAUAGCACAGCACAGUAUGUGGUAGGCCGCACGCAGCAGUGAGGAGUGCUGUGUCUAGGGGAUUUCCUGCUAUUUGGUUGAACUGGCUGUGCUGUUGCUUGACACGCCCGGGACGUGGCUGGACAUAUUACGGCGGGCCGUGCCUGUACGAACUGACCCCGGCUGUGCCCGGAGAUGAUGUGGACGCUUGCGGCCUCAGACUGGAUGGAUGCGUGGCUCAGCCCAAUUCU